CGUGCCGAGCCGAGCCGGGCCGGGCCGGGCCGGACCAGGCUCGGCUCACAGGCUUCAUGUGAUCCUGCAGGGAGGUGUUUGGCUAAAAAGACUUUUUCAUCAUCCGGGCUGCAGCAUUUGAGAGCUGACCGUGUCUCUCACGGAGCUACCGGAUCGCUUGUGUCGGUGCACAGUUUGGGAUAUUUCCAUCACUUGUGAGGCUCAUUCCCGACAGUGACGCGCUGCAGUCCAGAUAAUGGGAGACGCUCAGUCUGCGCAACGGGAGGGCAAAAAGGAUGCAGCUCCUGAUGAGGAGAGCGGAAAAGUGGAUGAUGCUCAGACUGAGCAGAAUGCUGAAGACGAGCCUCUCAAAAAACAUGGGCAGAUCUCUGAGAUCAAUGGAAAAUCAGACGGCUCUGUAGCAGAAGUUAAUGGUCACUGUGAGGAUGAGAUUGCUGCAGAGGCUAUCCCUCCACCAGACGAAGAUUUUUUAGAAAGAGAAAAGCAAGUCAAAGAUGAAGACACACCAGUAAAUGUUGAAAUUAAUGAAAAGAAGUCACCUAUUGGUGCUAAUGAAGAUGUCCCGAAGGAAAUGAUUGAAAUAGAUGCAAAGCAGAAUGACAUAAAUGAAAGUUUUAGGAGAUUUUUCAGUAACAUUGGUUUGAAAUUGACAGUAAAGAGGGGCUCAGGAGAAAUAGCAACAGAUGUGCCAGAUGAGACCAACAAGGAAGAACCAAACAGACCAGAAGACGUCGAGAAUAUUUCAAAGGAAACCACAAGUGAGAAUGCUGAACAGAACACUGAUGUUAACAUUGCACAAGAGACAUAUGAUAAUGAUUCAACAACAUGUCCUACUCUCACAGAUGUAACAUCCGAAGAUGUUCUACAAACUGCAGAGGAGAAAACAACGGAAACUAAAGAGGAAGUUGAAUCAGAUAAUGUAGACAAAGCAAUGACUUCACCUGUAGGAGAAGAUGCACACCAGGAUGCCACACCUCAAGAAGUGCCACAUUCCACAUCUCCAUCUAGUCCUGAAGAAGAAGUGGUCAUGUCUCCACUUAAAAGAUUUUUUACAACUGGAAUCUUUUCUGGACUACAGAAAAAAAAGAAGCCUACAGAAGUUGUGACAAUUGACAAAGAACUCGCAGACAUGGGGGUAAAGGAGGUCAAAGUGGCGAAAGAACAACCCGAACAAGACCAACAACAGGAUAAGGAGGACAUUAGUCUAGGUGUUGAGGCAGCUACAGUUGAGACAGUGCAAAAAGAAAAUGACCUUGAAAUGGAGAUCGUGCCUGAGGCAUCAGCUGAGACGAUUAAUGCAUCUACUGUAGAGCCAUCUACCAUUAUUGUCACUGAACCUGAAAUUCUGGAUUCUCAAGAGAAGGACAAAGUACAAGCAAGUCCUCUAAAAAGGCUGCUGUCAGGUUCUAGUUUAAAGAAGCUAUCCAAAAGGCAAAGAAGCAGGAGAUCAAGUGAUGCAAAGCUGUCCGACUCUGGUGAACAUGUUUUAGAUCAGUACCUAUCAUCUACUGAGUCAGCUGAGAAUCAGAAAGAAGAAACUUGUGCACAAUCCUCUGCAGACGCAGCAGCAGAGGAGGAUGGCGCAUGGGCUUCCUUCAAAAAACUUAUGACUCCGAAAAAGCGCAUGAAGAGAUCCUCCUUGACUAAUGAAGAGACACGAAUCCCAGGUUCAGUAGAACCAAGUGAAGGAGGGCAAAUAUCAGAUCACAGCACAGAAGAAGGCAAAAAACGGAAAGACUCAUCUGUUUCAUGGGAAUCUGUUUUGUGUGGAUCCGGAAGGAGAAGAAGCCGAAAAACAUCAGACUCUGAGGAAGAAACACCUCAAACUGAAGCAAACAAGCAGGAUGGCGGAUCUAAAAAUGGAGCAGAGUUGGCCUUAGAAAGUUCUAAUGAGGCCGAUGAUAUUAUAGCUUAUUCUCCUAAACAAGCAGGAAGUCCCUCAGACAGCGAUGGGGGGUCAACAUGGAAAUCAUUGAAAAAACUUGUCACCCCGAAAAGGAAAGUCAAGGAUGAAGAUGAAAGCAAAGACAACGUACAAUCUGAUAGUGAAGUUCCUCAUGAUGAGUCUUCCUUUUCAAUAAAGAAACUCCUACCAGGACGAAAAAAGUGGAAGUCUGCUGAAAAGCAAGACCAAGUAUCUUCAGAUGAGGCUGAUAAGGAUGUAGCCUCUGGUGAUGAGGACUCUGAGACACCAGCUGUAGUUCCAUUGUCUGAGUUUGAUACAGUUGAGAUGGAGGUUCACAUACAAACACAGGCAGACGUAGAAAGUCACAUACCCACGGAAGCAGCCUAUGAACUCCAGCAAGACCUUCUUGAUCAGAUAGCUAAACCAGUCCUACCUUGUGACACUCUGCAAACUGAAGCAAAAGAAGUCCAAGACAAUGAUGAUGCUUUAGAAAAUCAGGCAUUUAAAACCCCUUCUACAAAGGAAGAACCUGAUGAUCUUACAGAAUCGAUUAGUAAACCACAACUCAGUGACAUUCCGGAGGAGGCCACUCCUGCUUCAGCCACUGAGGAGGCAGCUAGAGAUGACACUAUAGCAGAGGACCUGAUAGAGAUCACAUCUGAGGUCUUCACUGCACCAGAGCCUUUAGACAUUACCCAGGCAGAUGAAACUGAGAUGAUCUCUGCAGUUUCCCAGUUAUCUUCAGAGUCUUCAAAAACAUCUGGCAACACAACACCAGUCCCAGCAGAAUACGACUUCUUGGACACAGAAGUGCUUCUGAAUCAGGUUGUUGAUAACAUCUCUGUAAGGCCAAAAGCAGUUCCAGUUUGUUCAGAUGAGCUAAGAUCUGAAAGAAUAGUUGUUUCUGUUUCGCAUCAAAUACUUGAAACAUUUGUUAAAGAAGAGCCAACAAUCCAAGAAACACAAAGAGGACUGGAUGCAACUACCAUUAACACAGUUUUAAACGUUCAAGAAGUCAUUGCAAUUGAUGAACUUGCAGCUACCACCCAAACAGACAGCAUAUCUGAAGUCAUUGACUCAAUUUCCACAGAGAUUGCAUCUGAAGUUCUUACUGAGGACUUUGACACUGCUGAAAUUGCUAUAGAUGAAAUACAUGAGGUCAAUGUUGCACAUCAAGAAGACAGCUUAAAAGAAUUAGAAAGUAUUGAUGAGUACCAUCAUGUGGUUGAAUGUCUAUCUGAGGUAAAUACAGCUGUGUCUACAGAUAUAUUACCUGAAGGUGAUGAAACUUUCCCAGAUAAUGGUUCUUUAGUUGCGACACAUCAAGCUGAAACAGAGCCCCCAAAAACUGAUUCUCAAGAAGCAGAUUCAGCUGCAACAGUAGCAGAGGAAACUAAGGAUGGGGCAAAGGGGCAGGAAGUCCCAACUCUGACAGAAAAGGAAGAUCAAAUCAUGCACAAAAUCACAAAACAAAUUCAGAUUGAGGAUAAAGACCAACCACCAGUAGUGAAGGCAUUGCAGGAAUUAGCAGCUGUACAAGCUGCUCCAUUAGAUUCAGAGGAAAGUUGUGUUCAAUCGCUUGAAAAGGACAUUAUAUCAGAAAACAUACCAGCAGCUGAAACAGUUGCAUAUGAACUCAAAGAGGAAAUGGUGCUUACUGAAGUCAAUGCUGGGCCUGAAAAGAGAGAUGAAAUGGAAACAGAUGCUUCCAAAACUGUACGAGUUCAAGAACCAGAGGUAUUACAAGCAGUACAAGCAGCCACUUUAGAUUCAGAGGAGGGCAGUGUUCAAUCACCAGAAGAGGGAAUAAAAUCAGAAAAUAUUUCAGUAGUCGAAACAGUUACAGAAGAACCUCAAGAGGAAACAAUAUUUCACACUGAAGUCAAGCUUGAGCCAACUGAUGCAUCCAAACCUGAACAUGCUCAAGAACCAGAAGUGCUACAAGCUGUACAAGCUGCCACAUUUGAUUCAGAGGAUGGCAGUGUUCAAUUGCUUGAAAAGGACGUAAUAUCUGAGGACAGGCCAGUCAUUGAAACAUUUUCAUAUAAACUCAAAGGGGAAACAGUGCUAUCUAAAGUCAGUGUUAAGCCUGAAAAGGAAGAUGCACUAAAGACAGAUGCUGCCAAACCUGAACAUGUUCAAGCACCAGAAGUUGUGCAAGCCUCCACAUUAGAUUCAGAGGAGGUUUGUGCUCAAUCACCAAAAGAGGAAGUAAAAUCAGAAGACAAUGCACCAGCAGAAACAGUUACAGAUGAAGCAAAACAAACAGCAGAUAGUCUCACUGAAGUCACUGUGAAGUCACCACCCUCAGAUUCAGAGGAGAGCAGUGUUCGAUCACUUGAAAAGGACGUAAUAUCAGUGGACAUACCAGUAGCCGAAACAGUUACAUAUAAAUUCAAAGGGGAAACAGUGCUAGCUGGAGUCAAUGUUGAGCCUGAAAAUGAAGAUGAACGAGAAAAUGAUAUUGCCAAACCUGAACAUGUUCAAGUACCAGAAGCAUCAGAACCUCUGCAAGCCUCCACAGUGGAUUCGGAGGAGAGUAGUGUUCAAACACCAGAAGGAGAAGUAAAAUCAAAGGACAUUCCAACAACAGAAACAGUUACAGAUGAACCCAAACAGACAGCAGAGAAUCUCAGUGAUGUGGAGCCACAAAAUGAAGAGCUAUCAGUGAAUGCUAUUGAAACAGUUCAAGAACCAGAAGCACCAGAGUCUGUUCAAGCAUCCACAGAUUCAGAGGAGGGCAAUGUUCAAUCACUUCAAAAGGACAUAAUAUCAGUGAAUGUACCAACAGCUGAAACAGAUACAUAUAAACUCAAAGAGGAAACUGUGCAAACUGAAGUCAAUGUUGAGCCAGAAAAGGAAGAUGAACUAGAAAGAGAUACUGCCAAACCAGAACAUGUUCAAGUACCAGAAGCAUCAGAACCUCUGCAAGCCCCCUCAUUAGAUUCAGAGGAGGGUAGUGGUCAAUCACCAGAAGAAGAAGUAAAAUCUGAGGACAUUUCAUCAUCAGAAACACUUAUAUGUGAACUCAAAAAGGACACUGUGUCUCUAACUGAAGUCAACGUUGAGUCAGAAAAGGAAGCUGAACUAGAGACAGAUGCAGCCAAACCUGAGCAAGUUCAAGUACCAGAAGCACCAGAAGCUGUGCAAGCCUCCACACUGGAUUCAGAGCAGGGCAGUAUUCAAUCACCAGAACAGAAAACAAAAUCAGAAGAUAUUCCACGAGCAGCACCAGUUACAGAUGAAGCCAAACAGACAGCAGAACAUCUCACUGCAAUCACACUUAAGCCAGAAAACAAAGAACUACCAGUGAAUGCUGUCAAAACUGUUCAAGAACAAGAGGUAUCAGAGGCUAUUCAUGCAACCACAGAUUCAGAGGGGAACAAUGUUCAGCUACAACCACAGGUCAUAUCAGAGGACAUACCAGAAGCAAAAACUACAGAUGAAAAUGAACUCAAAAAGGAAACAAUUCUUCUCACUAUAGUCAAUCGUGAGCCGCUGGAUGCUGACAAAACCAAACAUGUUCAAGUAACUGAAGCAUCAGAAGCUGUGACAGCCUCCACAUUGGGUUCAGAGGAAGGCAGUGUUCAAUCACCAGAGGAAAAAGUAAAAUUUGAGGAUAUUUCAAAAGUAGAAACAAUCACAAAUGAAUCCAAAGAGGGCAAAAUGCCUUUCACUGAAGCCAAUCUUGAGCCAGUGGAUGCUGACAAAUCUGAACACGUUCAUGUACCAGAAGCAUGGAGAGCUGUGCAGGCCUCCACAUUAGAUUCCAAGGAGAGCAGUGUUCAGUCACCAGAAGAGGAAGCAGAACCAAUUACAGAUGAACCCAAACAGACAGAGAAGCAUCUCACUGAAGGUACUGUUGAUCCAGAAGACAAAGAACUACUAGUAAAUGCUGUCAAAACCCCUCAAGAACCAGAGGCAUUAGAGUCUGUUCAAGCACCCAAAGAUUCAGAGGAGGACAGUGUUCAACCAUUUGAAAAGGAUGUCAUAAUAGAGGACGCUCCAGAAGCAAAAACAAUUACAGAUGAACCUAAAAAGGAAGCAAUACCUCUAGCUGAAUUCAAACUUGAGGUAGUACAUGCUUCCAAAACUGAUCAAGCUCAAGAACCAGAAGUAAUACAAACUAUACAAGCAGCCACAUUAGAUUCAGUGGAGGGUGACGUUCAAUUGCUUGAAAAGGAAGUAUUUUCAGAGGAUAUUUUAGUAGUGGAUGCCGUUUCAGAUGAACCCAAACAGGAAACUGAAGUGAAGGUUGAGCCUGAAGAAAAAUUACCCGUGGAAGCUGCCAAGGCUGAACAUGUUCAAGAACCAAAAGUGUUACAAGCUGUACAAGUAGCAUCACUAGAUUCAGAGGCGGGUAGCCUUCUACCAAUUGAAAACGAAGUAACAUCAGAGGAUGGUUCAACAGUGGAAACAGUUACAGAGGAGCCCAAACAGGAAACUGAAAUGAUGACUGAGCUAGAAGAAAAACUACCGGUGGAAGCCACCAAAAUGGAACAUGUUCAAGAACCUGAGGUAUUACAAACUAUACAAGCAGUGACAUUAGAGUCAGAGGUGGGAAACCUUCUACCACUUGAGCAGCAUGUAAUAUCAAGGCAUAUUCUAGCAGUGGAAAAAGUUACAGAGGAGCCCAAACAGGAAAAUGAAGUGAGGAUUGAGCCAGAAGAAAAAAUACUGGUGGAAGCCUCUGAAAUGGAACAUGUUCAAGAACCAGAGGCAUUACAAGCUGUACAAGCAGUGACAUUAGCAUCAGAGGUGUGUAGCCUACUACCAUUUGAAAAGGAAGUAACAUUAGAAGAUAUCCCAGCAGUAGAAUCAGUUACAGAUGAACCCAAGCAGGAAAUGGUACCCCUCACUGAGGUCAAACUCGAGGCAGUGGAUACUUCCAAAACUGAAAAUGUUCAAGAACCUGAAGUGUUACAAGCUGUAGAAGCACCAACAUCAGAUUCGAAGGCAGGUAGCCUUCUAUCACUUGAAAAGGAAGUAAUAUCUGAGGAAAUUCCAGCAGUGGAAACAGCUACAGAUGAGCCUAGACAGGAAACUGAACUGAGGGUUGAGGCAGAAGAAAAACUACAAACUGCAGCUGCCAAAACUGAACAUGUUCAAGAACCAGAAACACUGUCAUCUGACAAUGCAACUGAAACCAAAACUGAGGAAGGGGCAUCAAUGUAUGGGCACACAGUCACAGAAAAUGUUGAAGGAGGUGAAGCUCAGGAACUUGGGAAGCAAAUAUUGUCAGACUUUCCCAACCCAGAUGCAGACAAUAUCAUCGCUUCAGUUACAGAUGACAUCAAAGUUGUGGCACAACUGGGUCUUUCUUUAGAAAUAAAAGAGGAUCAGAAAACAGAGAGUAUCUCACAAGAUUUUGAGGCUGAGAAAGAAGAUGGCAUACCUAAAGUCAUAGAUGAGUUACAAGCAUUAACAGCAGUUUGUCUAUCUGUUAAUGAGGAUGCAGGACAUGUUCAUGUUCUAGAAAAGACUGUAUUUACUAAAGAAACCCCAACACCUUGUGUAGACAAUGCUGCAAUUACAAAUGAACCCAAACAUGAAGUACAUCUCAGUGCAGUGCAAGUCACUGAUAUAAAGUCUACUGCAGAUGAGCAUGCUGUUGUGGCACUAACAGUCCCAUGUAAUUUCAAAGAUGUCUCAGCUGCAAUACCUGAUGUUCUGAUAGAAGAAACAGCAGCCAUUACUGAACCCUUGAUAGACACAGUGACAAGUGAGCUAAUGUUCAAGGAGGGAGUCGAGGCCACCACACCAUUAGUGAAAGAUGCUGUGGCUGAGACAGCAGAGGAAAGCAGUGUGGUUGUGAUGAUGCAUGUACCAUCAGUGUUUGAGGACAAUCAUACAAUUGAAGUGAAGGUGGUCGAUGCUGAUAUAAAAUCAGCUGAGACAAUUGUGGACACAGUGCUAGAGGCAGGGGUAACCGAGGACAAAGAAGUCAUAGAUGUUUGUCAUGUUAUGGUUACAAAGGUAGACAAUCUCUCCGCAACUCCCAAGCUUGAAAAGGAAUUAACGAAUGAGGAAAACAAGGUGACCAUUCAAGAAGUUAUUCAACAUGUAAUGGAGCACUUACCAGGGACAGUGCCAGAAUCAGUGGUUGUCAACUUGGAAGAAAGAAGUAUAACACAACAAGAUGCUGUGACAGAAGUGAGUGAGAUGGUUGAAAGUGAAUCAAAUGAAAUGGAGGACCAAAAAGUGAUGGAGGAUAGUAUGGUAACAUUCAGGGAAAGACAAGAUGAAGACCUUGCUGUCAUCAGUAAUGACUCUGGACAGAAAGUGUCUGAAGAUAUCAUGCAAACACCAGGAGGUUUAGAAGUCUUUAUCCAUGAUCACAAAGACAAUUCUGAGGAAACUAAAGUGGAAUGGGAAAAAUCAGAAGCAGAUGUCACAGCAGAAGAGGUCAGGUCGUCCUCAGAGGAGUUACAUGUGAAAGAAAUCAAUCAACAAGCACAAAUUACACAAAUAGACCCCAGUCUGAAUGUAACACCUAGCGACACUGGAUUAGCAGUCCCCCAAAACACUGGAAUUAUCUCAUCAAUAAGUAAUGUUGAGUCCCCUUCAAGUCAAGUCAAGUCACCAACGUCCUUGCCAUCUACAACAGAGGGAAAAGGACCCGAGAAAAAGACAGAAGUGUCGGAGUUCACAGUUCAGGCAGUAGAACCCGUAAACCCAACACGCGUUAAGAGCCAGGAACAGACAGAGCUAACUGAGAUCACUCUUCAGACAACAGAAAUCACAGAACCAGCCACAAACUUGGAUUCAAUGGAAAGAAACGUGAUCACAACUCAACAUGUACUGCUGGAUGUCGAAGUGACUGAAACAGUAGAACUAGUAGAACAUAUCAAAUCAACAGAGAGAGUAACCUCCAGGGUUCAGGUAACAGAAACAAUACAAUCACUGCAGCAAACAGAGCAACGAGAGGUGUUUCUGAGUCAGCAAGUACUCUCUGAAGUUGGUGAUGUAGAGACAAGAGCAGAAGAGCCUGUAACACAAAGAGAGGAGGAAAAUGACCAGGAUGUGUGGAUGGAUGCCGAGGAAGACAUUUACACUCAACAGGAAACAGAGGUGUCCCUUCAUAGGGUGGAGGAAUCUCCUGAACUUCGGACAGAAAGAGAGCAAGAGCGACUUGACUAUGAGUUUGAAAUGGCUCCUACUUCCAAGACUGAGGAAAAAGAAAGUCAACAGGAAAUGUACAAAACAGCAGAAACAUGUGAAAUUGAUAGUGAAGGUGAAGAUUUUGCUGUUGCACUCGAGCAUCCUGAAGCUGAAACUGCAAACAUCACUACAAUGGAGUAGGAUUAAUCUCACUCAACUUCAGUGUCGGUAACCAGCUGAACAAUCCAAAAGGAAGCCAUCAAAGUUUGUAAGAAGUUUUCAAAAAGCCAUUAAAGAGUAGCACUGACAGUGCCAGAAGAACACUACAGGACACAGCAUUUUGCUGCUUUCAUUUGACAUUAUGUUCAACCACAAAUGUACCAAUAAUAGCUGGUUAAUUGAUUUGUGAGAUUAUUUUACUGUCAUCAAGCGUGUGAUAAAUGAGAGAGAUGUGGCAACAGAAGUGCUAAUCGACUCAGGGGGUAUGCAGUGUGAUUCAAGAGGUUUGAAAGUAAACUAUUAUACAUCCAUUAUGCAAUGGCAUCUUUCCAUAACUCUAAUGAGUUGUUUGCUUUAGUGCAGUUUAUUAUUUCUCGUCAUGUCAGGUCAUUUUAAUCAUAAAUGAAAUGUUUUUGCAAAGAUCUAUCUUGAUGUGUUUUUGAAAUGAAUGUAUAUGUCUUAAACAGUAGUUCUCAACCUUUUUCAUGUCAAGAACCUUUUAUUCACAUUAGGUCAUGAACACCCCCCAUCUCCAAUCCCCAUGUGAUAAGAUUUUGCUUCAGGGACUUCCAUCUGAAAAAAAAUUAGUUGUUAGAUGUGCUUAGGACCAAAAUUAUCUACUUGUCAAAUACAGUUGAGGAGAUAACUGCAGAGGAAGUGAAAACUAUGAUCAGAAUAGUCACUCUGACUCUUACUUACAUUGGAAUCACUUGUAUAGUGAUAUAAAAAGUGAAAAUCGACUAUUCCCCAUUUUUCUGGGGACCCCUGGGAGGCCCCAGACGCCUGGUUGAGAACCACUGGUCUAAAAGAAUAAGACUACUAAGAAUAAGUUUGUGCUUCAAAUUAAUCUGUGUAUUAUUCAAUAAUGUUUGUGACCCAGGCAGAGGACAAACAUUCAUUUCUCUUAACACAAAAGGAUACUUCUGCUAUAUUACUUGAGUGUUAGUAUUGCUGUAUAUUAUCUUGUACAUAAUUUAAAUGCUUAUACGGGCAGAAAUGUGCUUAUUUUGAAUCUGCCAAAAUUUCUACUGUGACAGGUUUUAAGCUGAGAGCAUGAUGAGAGCAUGGCACAUCAUAUUUUAUUUUAAAGUAAGAAUUUACACAAUAUAUUUGAUUUGAAGUUAAUCUUCACAUACAUAUUCAUCAUUAAUAUAAUUGUAAUCAGCACAGCCUUAAACAAUGGCAGCUUUAUUUGUCCUGUUUUAUGUCCAAGCUGUUUGUGGAUGAUGACAGGCUGUUGUCAACUGUUUGUCCUAUUUUUUUUCCAACAUAUACUGACUUUUAUGGAAAAUUCUUGCUGAUCUGUGAUAUUAACUAAUAACAAAAUGCUUAUGCUUGUUUAUAAAUUUACAUAUAUAUUUACCAUUGUUGUAUUAAUAAAAUAUUUUAU